AUGGCACGCAGAAAACGCGAGAAGGAAGCAAAGUUGAAAUCGGUAUCAAAACUGAGUCGUGGUCAAAAACGAUGUCUAGAGACUGUCGAUAUACCAUUGGAGCCAGUGACACAGGAUUUAACUUCCACGAGUGUCAAGCCAGAAGAUUGCGAAGACGAAAUUGUCAUCGUUUCACCAUGCAAAAAGAGCAGACAUGAUAUGAAGGCAUGUUGGAGGAGGAGUAAAACACCAACCGCAGGCCCAUUAACGCGAGGUUUGGAUGUCACCCCAAACACUGCACCGACAACAGCCGGUACUGAAAUGCCAAUUUCUCAAUUACAUAUUGGCCUGUCGCAAGCGGAUUUUGAUCAUGGUUAUGUCGGACAACAUCAACGUCAGGCAAAUGGUCUCCCUCAACUGAAUCAUGGACGGCCUUUGUCACCCAUGAUCGAUUCCCCGAGUCUAUUUCUGUCGCCCCGUCAGUCCGAACAGCCUGAGAAUAUGGAGAACGAAAACUCAUCACACCACUCACCAGACACUGCCAUCAAAUCCGAGCUUGCAUGUUCGGAUGUACCAUGUCUUGAGAUCAGUAACCAGCAAUCCGGAUCAUUCCAGCAAGAAGCCCCUAAUCAGAUGGAUCAAUUUUACCCACCAUAUAUCACACGAAAUGUUCCCACUCCUCCAAUAUCUCCGACUCCAGUCGCUCAAAACGACAACAGUGUCGUAGCUGUGGAGAAAUUGUCCUCGUCAAUAAAGGACUUGCCUCUCCCUGUGUCUCCGCCGUCCCUAAACUUAUCCAAUCCCCAAACCCCGGUCGAAUACUCCUCUCUUAAAGAUCCACCCAAUGAGAACUCCCUUCAAUCAAUAUCUACAAUUACUCUUCAAAGCCCAGUUUCUGGAACCGCGGCACCAGUCCAACAAAUCGCCGAGAACGACCCUAAAUCACCUGCCUCUGAGUCGGAGAAGACAUCCCUCCGGUCGGCUCCCAAAACAGUCACUCAAACAUUAGUGGAAUCGACAACAACUGCACCAUAUCACCAAGAUAAACUGUCAGAAAAGACGAAGUCGGCACGGAAGGUACCAGCCGCCCGCUCGCAACAACCUCCAAAACAGACCUCUAAUAAACGAGAAUCCUUGCCCAAGGUAGUGGCGGCAAAGAAGCAACCAACAUUACAGCAAAGCUCUGAUGAUACAGAUUCUCUCACAAGACAGUGUUGUGGUAUUGAUCAAUCAGUGCCACUUGCUGGAGCUUCAGAUACGCUCCGAGAAGUGCGAGUUGCUGUCAUACCCCUUGUGUCCGAGCCGUCCAAUGAGCCCGAUUGGUCUCCUAGAACAACAGCUCCACCUCAAUCAACGCUGCAUCGAAUUCUCAGGGAAACAGCCUCACCACCGACGGUCCCUAGUUCAUCCAUGUCAAACCUGCUUCCAUGUCAACCGGCAACCUCAACUCAAGACCAUCAAGUUCGAAGUGAUACUAUUUCUUCGCUACCAAGCAUCACUCAAAGAGCACCAGUCGCACCCAUGAUAACAACUCCAACUAUUAUCCAGAGUCACGAUGCCGAGGAUCUUGGUUCUCCAAAGACAAUAGAACAGCCUACAAGCAAAACACCUAUGUUCACCAUUCGAGGCGCAGCAAAUGGUCCCAUAGCAUCAGCAAACCAGAAGUCAUCAGAUUCCCUGACGCAAAAACCUCCAUCAAUUGAAGAUACACCUACCGAGCCGCGUUACCCAAAACUGGCUCCCAAGAAACGACUCUCCAAAGCAGAUCCAGUCCAGCCUGGAUGCAACCGUCAGCUGAAGCCCCUCCCACCAUUCAGGAAAUCAUCGACGGAACACUAUCCCCAGCUCACGAACCUGCCGAUAGAUGCUACAGAAACAGCAAAGAGAAUAUCGGCAUUGCCAAUCAAACGAGAGCUUCGCCUCCGAGCCAAGAAGAGGCUCGUUGGCUUGAACAGAGGGGACGCUAGCCUAGAAGCAACACUCGGAUAG